AUUUAAAGCAGGAUGUAGCUGGUGGCAGAGGAAGUCUUUCUCGCCAGCAUACCCUUCAACUGCUGUUACUUUCCCUUGCUUUCUGUAUCUCACUUCGAUCUAUACACGACCCGGGUGUUAGACUGCCUACAUGGAGGAGAAGGCGCCCGUUGCAGAGGCGACGCAUCUGCGCUGGCAGACUGUCGACGAGGAAUCUGGUGACACCGAAAGACCUCGGUUGAACAGACUGAAUCGUUCUGCCUCUUACAGCUCUCAACACUCUGGUCCCAAUCUGAAAGCGAGGACGACUGUUGACCCUUCUCUUUCUCUGCCAAUUCAUUAUCGGACCGUCUCCUUUGAAAUCGACGAGGCAGAAGCUCUUCACCGUACGAAAGCUGCGCAAGCAAAGAGCGAAAUAGCAACUGAUCUCUCCAACCUCGACUGGCACACAAUCUCCGUUGAAGAGCUACAGAAACGUUGGCAGGUUGAUGCAUCGCAAGGCUUGUCAUCUGAGCAAGUCCAAAGACGGCAGCGUCAAUAUGGCAAGAAUUCCCUCGCUCCACUCCCCCAUCGGUGGUUCUGGCAGAUAUUCGGGUAUUUUUUUAAAGGUUUCGGAGCAAUUCUUCUCGUCGGCUGUGUUCUCGUCUUCGUUUCGUGGAAGCCCCUUGGUCAACCACCGUCACAAGCAAACUUGGCUUUAGCUAUCGUCCUGCUCGCUGUAUUCUUCAUCCAGGCAGGAUUCAAUGCAUGGCAAGACUGGUCCUCAUCCAGGGUUAUGGCUUCUAUCACUGCCAUGUUGCCAGAAAGCUGCUUGGUUCAGAGAGACGGUUCCCCGGUCACGGUUGAUGGACCAGAUAUUGUCCCGGGGGAUGUUGUCUAUCUCAAAGCCGGAAACAAAUUACCAGCUGACGUGCGGCUUAUCGAAGUUUCGAACGAUGCAAGCUUUGAUCGGUCUAUUCUCACUGGCGAGUCGCUACCGGUUCAUGGGACGGUCGAUUCGACCGACGAUAACUACCUUGAGACACACUGCAUUGGUCUCCAGGGAACCCAUUGUGUUUCGGGAACUGCGAAGGGAGUCGUCGUUGCUACUGCUGAUUCGACAGUCUUUGGUGGUAUCGCUAAAUUAACGAACGAGCCUAAGACAGGUUUAACGACUUUGGAGAAAGAAGUCCUACGUUUUGUCCUACUGAUCGUGCUCAUCAUGUUGACCAUGAUCAUUGUCGUGGUCAUUGUCUGGGCAACUUGGCUCAGAGUUGAUCACCCUGACUGGAUCAAUGUUCCUACCCUGAUUGUUGACUGCGUCAGCGUCGCGAUCGCGUUUAUUCCAGAGGGCUUGCCAAUCGCGCUGACUGCUAGCUUAACUAUUACUGCAAAUCUCAUGCAGAAGAAUAAGAUCCUUUGCAAGUCAUUGAAAACAGUCGAAACCCUUGGUGCUGUGUCCGUUAUCUGCUCCGACAAAACAGGCACUUUGACAAGGAACAAAAUGUUCGUCACCAAUUGUGCCAUAUCCACCUCUACCUUCAGCCCGGAGUCGGCAAGAGACCGGAUGGUGGUGGAUGGGAAGAAAUCCGGCGUCCACCAACUCCGCGCUGUAGCCGCGCUGUGUAAUGCAGCCGAGUUCGAUGCUUCGUCCCUAACCCUUCCUCUGGCUGAGAGACGUAUAUAUGGAGAUGCCACCGACCAGGCCGUCCUCAGGUUCUCUGAGAGCUUAGGUCCCGUUUCGGAGUUACGUCAGACGUGGAAGAUUACCUAUGAACUGCCCUUCAAUAGUAAAAACAAAUUCAUGAUCCGCACGUUCAAUGUGGCACAACCUAACGGAUGUGGAGUAGCUCUCUCGGCGGGAGAAGCAGGGCAGUUCAGACAAAAUGACAGUCUACUGACAAUCAAGGGUGCUCCAGAUAUUUUAAUUGAACGAUGUACGCACACUAUUGGUUUGGACGGUAAUGUGGAGGCCCUUAAUGAGCAUGCGAGGCGGAAAAUUCUCGAGAUAAAAGACCGCUGGUCCAGCGAAGGUAGACGUGUCAUUCUUCUUGCUCGCAAGAUUCUUCCAGCAGCAGAAAUCCUUGUCCAUCCAUCGUCGCGUGAAUUUGAGUCAGAAAUGAUGAGCCAAGCAAAGACUGGCCUAGUUCUUGUUGGUCUAGCUGGCAUCGUCGAUCCUCCAAGGGAAGAGAUCCCCGACGUGAUUAAAACCCUGAGACGGGCUGGGAUCAGGAUAUUUAUGGUAACCGGCGAUUUUGGGCUUACUGCUUUGGCCAUCGCACGGCAAUGUGGCAUUGUCACAACAGAAGGCACAGUCGACACUGUAGCCUCCCUGCGGAGGUCUACUCAAAUCACUGAGAAGAUUCCCCCAUUGACACCUUCGCCCGCAAUCGUCGUGAGUGGACCUGAGCUUAUGGCCUUAGAUGAAUACCAGUGGGACCAGCUCUCUCAAUAUCAAGAAAUUGUUUUUGCACGAACUACACCAGAACAGAAGCUUCGCAUUGUCAGGGAAUUCCGUUCACGAGACGAGAUUGUCGGCAUGACUGGGGAUGGGGUCAAUGACGCUCCAUCUCUCAAGGCCGCCGACAUUGGAAUUGCUCUAGGUAGUGGCUCUGAUAUUGCCAUUGAAGCGUCCGAUAUGGUUCUUCUUGACAGUUUUUCAGCAGUUGUAGAGGCUGUGCAGUAUGGCCGGGUUGUUUUUGAUAACCUGAAAAAGACCAUUGUUUACUUGCUGCCUGCUGGUUCCUUUUCCGAGUUUUGGCCAGUAUUCACCAAUGUCAUGUUUGGUCUUCCUCAAGUCCUCUCGUCAUUCCUUAUGAUCAUUAUCUGCUGCUUUACCGACUGCGCCGCUGCCACCGUUCUAGCCUACGAAGCUCCAGAAGCUGACGUUCUCCUGCGUCCACCCCGCAAGCCAAAGCGCGAUCGUCUCGUGAACUGGAAGUUAGUAUUCCACGCUUAUGGUAUUCUCGGAAUGCUGGAAAGUGUUGCAUCCUUCGCCAUGGCAUAUUGGUACCUUGAACGCAGCGGAAUCCCUUUCUCAGCGUUAUGGUUCAAAUUCGGAGCCGUUCCGUCGAACGUAGACCCAGACUACUACCAGGCCCGCCUAAACGAGGCCAGUUCGAUCUACUUCAUCAACUUGGUCGUCAUGCAAUGGUUCAACCUCAUGGCCGUUCGAACCCGCCGUCUAUCCAUCUUCCAGCAUCCCCCGGCCUUCAAUAAGGAUACGCAGAAUCUCCUUCUCUUCCCCGCGAUUGCCUUCGCUCUCUGUAUGGCCAUCUUCUGGUUAUAUGUUCCUCCUUUCCAGGAGGUCUUGGAUACCAGCAGCGUUCCAGCAGAGCAUUAUUUCCUGCCUGCUGCUUUUGGGUUGGGUAUUCUUUGUCUAGAUGAGCUACGCAAAGCGGCGGUCCGGAGGUGGCCAAGAGGAAUUUUGGCUAAGUGUGCUUGGUAGCGAGUUGCAUAUGAUUUUCUUUUGCCGUUGUGGUAAUUGUACAAGUGUUGUUUUAUUUUAUUUUAUCUUAGUUUUUAAUCUUUUGACUUUUUUUUUUUUUUUUUC